CAACCUUCUCUGUUCUUUCUUUCAUAAAAAAAAAAAAAAACAAAACCUUCUCUGUUCUUUCAAGAUAUAUGGCUACACCAAGUACAUUAACCUACAGCGAUUACGUGGACCAACAUUUAAUGAAAGAAAACGUCCUCAGCGAGGCAGCAAUUGCAGGACACCGAGGCGAAAUUUGGGCCCAGACCAGUGGGUUCCCUAGAUUUCCUGAUGCGGAAAUUCGGAACAUCAUGCAAGAAUUCGAUAAACCUGGGACGCACAGGGUGUUGUCCUGUGGAGGGACUGACCAUGUGGUAGUCCAAUCCAUUCCUCGUAUUUUAAUUCGCACACAGCUGCCGGGCACUGAUGGAGGCGUUAUAAUAAUGAAGACCAUACAACUGCUGCUUAUAGGGACCUAUAAUAGCAACCCUACCCGGUCCAGCACUAUUGUUGAAGAUUUGGGCAAUUUUUUCGUAUGCAAUGGUCUUUAAUUACUGCCAUUGAUAAAGCUGCGUUUUACGCUGUCACGCUCCCCGUCUUCAGCCCCGGUGGUGAUUUCAGUUGCAAGCUUUGAUUGAUUGGGAACUGAUAUCUGUUAUCUAGAUAUUUAAUAAUUUUGAAACAAUGUUUAAAUUAUGUGUUGUUUGUAUCGAUUAAGUCUGUAAGUUUGCACCAUCGGUGCAUAGAAUAAUUUCCACUGCUAGUUUUUUGUUUGUUGCGUCUGUUUGUAGUUCCUCUUGUCUUGGCUCCUGUGGCUUUGACGACUAUGAGAGCUCUGUUUCCUUUCAGUUUAGCCUUUUGGCUUUCUGAUGUUGUAUGGUUCGGCUGUUUUCCAGCUUUUUAAUGAAUA